AUGGCCCUGAUUUCACCAGGGGUCCCGAGAAAGCACACCAUCAACCCACCAAAGCGCACACUCGACCCCGAAUGGGGUAGGGUUAGGGUGACCUCCACCUCCAAAUUCCUUUUGGAGAAGGACCUGGCGUUGAUUUCGUUGGCGAAUCUCAGAUAUGGAAUCGGGCGCACUAAGAGCAAGGCAUGGCACUCUAUCAAGUUUGUGGGAGCCCUUGGUAUUUGGCCGGGUUUCAAGACUGAAGUUAAGACAUUCAUCAACAAAAAGACUUCAAAGCGGAAGAAGGAUGCGAUCACUAUAAAGCUGCACGGUCCCGAUCCAAACCUUCAUGAGACUGAGCAAAUCCUGGUUGCCGACGAGCACGGUGAAAUCUUGUUUGAGAGCGAUAAUGACGAACGCCACCUCCGCCGUGAGGGUUAUCACACGGCAUUGGCUGGAAAAUUUACUUUCGCAAAUCUGAUCAACGGCACCGUUACGAGCAGUCUCACGAGCGAUAUUUAUCCUGGUUAUUACGAUUGGCCGGUCAUUGGCAAUUGGGACGAACCAGAGAUUCGCCUCGACUACAAUUUCGAUGGCGAAAAUAAGAAGGGCAACAAAAAGGGCAACAAAAAAGACAAGGCCAAAUUGUUUAAUUUGACAUGGAAGUUGCUGGUCAUAGAUGACCUCGAGUUCGGAAGCUGGUUCGACCUUCUCUGGGCUUUCGUCGGAAACCCUGUGUUGAUACAACAACAACAACAACAACGCGCUGCUCGUGAUCUCGCCCCACUUGAGGAAGGCUCCCACCAGAAAGCGCGUCGGAAAUUAAAUCGAAUCAUGAAAGCUGAUCAGCAGUAA